AGUUAAAGUUUGUAUCCCAGAACUUAUAAGAUAUUGUCGGAAGAAUAUAAGAGAGAAUUUCACAACAGAUGGAUAAAUUUUUAUAAAGCUUUGCCACAUUGUCCGUACACUGGAUGUUAAAACUCAAUGACAUUGUAAAGCAAACAUAAUGUCUUAUCAAAAAGUAAUAGCAAAAAUCAAUGAGAACACUUACAAGUGCACUGACUUCUAUGACUUUGCCGAACCUUUCGAAGUUUUUGAGAGAAAACUAAAUGUGGACGUCACUCCUCUAUUAGAAGAAAUUGAUUUUUAUAAAGGUGGAAGAAUAAUUAAAUAUGAAUAUGUACCAGAGUCAUCUAGAUUCCAAAAAUAUCUGGGGAGCGAAAGAGAAAGCGGGAUCAGAAGAGAGACUCACCUUGUCGAACUGUUUAACAACUUCAAACAAGGUCAUAUCUGUUUCGUGGGUCCAGCGGGAUCAGGAAAGUCCACGCUCAUGAAAGCAACAUCGAGAGAUGCCAUGCAUGGAAAAUAUUUUCAAGGAACCAUCAAGAUGGUUUCAUAUAUACAAUGUAAACAAUUUAUGAAAAACAGAAAAGUAACAGCAGGUGAAUUAAUUUUCAACGAUCUCCCAAAAGAAGAAAGAGGUCAAGCAAUUGAUUAUGCAAAAACCCACCCAGAAGAAGUUUUGUUUAUGCUCGACUCCUUGGACACUCUUCAAUAUACAGUUGAUGGAGUUUAUGAAAUUAUCAGUUCAGAUGAGCCUGCAUACCCGGAAGUUAUAGUAUGGAAUUUUCUAACUGGAAAAUUAUUUCCUGGCUGUCGCAUUUUAUCGUCCAGUCGUGAACAUUCCAUCAGAAAUUAUUGGGGAGAAGUUCGACCAGACAAGGUCAUUGCACUUGCUGGAUUAACAAUGGAGUCAAUCAAGGAAAUUAUUUCUGGAUAUGAAGGAAAUGUAGAAGCAGAGAAAAUAAUGGAAUUUCUCAAAAUCAAAGCUCCAUUACUCUUGUUACUGUGCACUACACCUGUGAUGCUGGUUUACACGCUGAUAGCGUUGAAAUUCGAAUCCGACUUCAAGCCAAACACCAUAACUGGUAUUAUGACUGUGGUAAUGCAAAGCAUUUUACGAUCUUCCCACACUCACCAAGAGAAUAUUAUGGAAGUUUUGGGCAAAUUGAAAGAACUAUCAUACAUUGGGACAGUGGAACAACGUGUUCUAUUUACAGAAAAUGAUUUUCGUCAAGUUAAUCUAAAGCCGGAAGAUGCAACCGAUUUAGCCAUCCUAGCUCCUGGAGGAAUUUAUCGUAAACUUCUCCAAGGAAUACACCUUCUAUACUUUCAACAUCAAAGUAUUCAAGAAAUGCUCACAUCUUUCUAUAUUCUUGGACUGAAUUUAAAAUCUUUUGACCAGUUCGUCGAUAAACAUCUUCAUACCGGUCACUUUGUUCUCAUCAGAAAAAUGAUGUGUGGACUUUUAUUAAAUCCAACAGUUUAUGAAGCAGCCAGAGAUUUACUUGGAGAUAUCAAGGAUCUAAAGGAGAAACGAGAUAUUCUCAAGAAAUGUUUGCAAUUGCAACUCCAAAAAUUUAGAGACGAAUCAGAUCUUUUGGAACUUUUCACUGCAUUGAACGAAGCCAAGGAUGGAAUGAGUGACAUUGUCAAAUCAUCUCUGGAUAAUAUUGACAUGUUUGAACAUCCUCUCUCCAUCAGUGAUGCUCAUGUCAUUGGAUCAGUAGCUUCCUACUGUACAUCACUAUCAAUGGAUUUCAGAAAAUGUGAUCUCAAGUCAGCCUCACUUCAAACUCUGGCAUCUGGAUUAAAAGGAUCAAAUGUGAAGAUCAAAGAUUUGCGGCUGGCUGGAAACGAAAACAUGGGAGUUGAAGGUUUAUCCUCAGUCGGACAAAUACUUUCCAAUCAAUCCUGUGUUAGAUUGUUGGACAUUGACAACUGUAACCUGUCAUCAGAUCAAUUACAAGCUUUCAAAUCAUCCUUUGGAAAUAACACAGAGAUCAAGUGGUUGUGGCUUAAAGGCAACACAAGCAUGGGAGUUGAAGGUUUAUCAUCAGUUGGACAAAUACUUUCCAAUCGAUCCUGUGUUGAAUACUUGAACCUUCAAGAAUGUAACCUGUCACCAGAUCAAUUACAAGCCUUCAAGUCAUCCUUGGGAAAUAACACAGAGGUGUGA